UUCUGUGGCAGAGGAGGAGGGAGGAGGCGGGGCUGGGGCAGCUGCAUAAAUAGGCUGGACUGGAGCUGGCAGGGCAUAUCCCAGCUGAGCCUCCACAGGCAGCGCGAGUUCCCCCAGCAGACAGGCACACGACCGGUCCGCGUCCUUCCUCCAGAGAGACCAAGAGCAUCCGAACGUCAGCCAGCGACCUUUCUCGGGAGACCUCGGAAGCCGCUUCUCGUCUGCACUUCCAGGAAAGAGCAAGGGAAGGGGUCCUACAGCGAUCAUGUCUGCUCCCAAGGGAACGGCCAUCGGCAUUGACCUGGGCACCACCUACUCCUGUGUGGGCGUCUUCCAGCACGGCAAGGUGGAGAUCAUCGCCAACGACCAGGGCAACCGGACCACCCCCAGCUACGUGGCCUUUACGGACACCGAGAGGCUGAUCGGGGACGCCGCGAAAAACCAGGUGGCCAUGAACCCGCAGAAUACGGUGUUUGACGCCAAGCGGCUGAUCGGGCGCAAGUUCUCCGAUGAGGUGGUGCAGUCCGAUAUGAAGCACUGGCCCUUCCAGGUGGUGAGUGAGGCCGGGAAGCCCAAGGUGCGGGUGUCCUACAAGGGGGAGAGCAAGUCCUUCUGCCCCGAGGAGAUCUCCUCCAUGGUGCUGAGCAAGAUGAAGGAGACUGCCGAGGCCUACCUGGGCCACCCGGUCAGCAACGCGGUCAUCACGGUGCCAGCGUACUUCAACGACUCCCAGCGCCAGGCCACCAAGGAUGCCGGGGCCAUAGCCGGCCUCAACGUGCUGAGGAUCAUCAAUGAGCCCACGGCGGCAGCCAUCGCCUACGGGCUGGACAGGGCGGGCGCAGGAGAAAGAAACGUGCUCAUCUUCGACCUGGGUGGGGGCACCUUUGAUGUGUCCGUCCUCACCAUCGACAACGGCAUCUUCGAGGUGAAAGCCACAGCCGGGGACACCCACCUGGGCGGGGAGGACUUUGACAAUCGCCUGGUGAACCACUUCGUGGAAGAGUUUAAGCGCAAAUACAGGAAGGAUCUGAGCCAGAACAAGCGCGCCCUGAGGAGGUUGCGCACAGCUUGCGAAAGGGCCAAGCGCACCCUGUCCUCCAGCACCCAGGCUAACCUGGAGAUCGAUUCCUUGUACGAGGGCACGGACUUUUACACCACGAUCACCCGGGCUCGCUUCGAGGAGCUGUGCUCAGACCUCUUCAGGGGGACCCUGGAGCCGGUGGAGAAGGCCCUUCGGGAUGCCAGGAUGGACAAGAGCCAGAUCCAGGACAUCGUGUUGGUCGGGGGCUCCACCCGCAUCCCUAAGGUGCAGAAGCUGCUCCAGGACUUCUUCAAUGGCAAGGAGCUGAACAAGAGCAUCAACCCCGAUGAAGCCGUGGCUUACGGGGCGGCCGUGCAGGCAGCCGUGUUGAUGGGAGAUAAGUCGGAAAAGGUACAGGAUCUCCUGCUUCUCGACGUGACCCCGCUGUCCCUGGGUCUCGAGACGGCGGGAGGGGUGAUGACAACGCUGAUCCAGAGGAAUUCCACCAUCCCCAGCAAGCAGACGCAGACCUUCACCACCUACUCGGACAACCAGCCGGGAGUCCUGAUCCAGGUGUACGAAGGGGAGCGAGCCAUGACCCGGGACAACAACCUGCUGGGUCGCUUUGAGCUGUCGGGCAUCCCUCCCGCGCCUCGUGGGGUCCCCCAGGUCGAGGUCACCUUCGACAUCGACGCCAAUGGCAUCUUGAGCGUCUCAGCCACGGACAAAAGCACGGGCAAGGCCAACAAGAUCACCAUCACCAACGACAAGGGCCGGCUGAGCAAGGAGCAGGUGGAGAGGAUGGUGCAGGAGGCGGAGAAGUACAAGGCCGAAGAUGAGGCUCAGCGGGAAAGGGUGACUGCCAAGAACUCGCUGGAGUCUUAUGCCUUCCAGGUCAAGAGUAGCAUGCAAGAGGCCGGCCUUCGCGACAAGGUCCCGGAGGAAGACAAGAGGAAGGUGCUGGACAAGUGCGAGCAAGUGCUUUCCUGGUUGGAAGCCAACCAGCUGGCGGACAAGGAGGAGUUUGAGCACCAGAAGAAGGAACUGGAGGGGCUGUGUCAGCCCAUCAUUGCCCGGCUCUACCAGGCCCCUGGUUCUCAGGGAGGGAACAGCUGUGGGGCCCAGGCCCGCCGUUCCCAUCCCACCUCUGGACCCACCAUCGAAGAGGUGGAUUAGAUGAGGGACUUUGGUUCUCAAGGAAAUUGUGAGCUAAUGAACAACAGGUGCACGUGCUGCUCGAGUUUCCAGAGCAAGCCUCAGGAUUUUGUUCUUUUCCUGACUGCUAUCUCUGGAGAGCUUUGUUCUGAGCAGCUGCACUUCCUGGGGAUCGGUGACUUUUUCUUCCAAGUCUUCCCUUCUCAACAGGGGAAACAAAAGAUUGUUUAUUUCAGUCUUUGUCUAUCUGCUGUUAACAUGUAUCUUUUCUUAUUUAUCUGUUUUUAAUAAUUUAUGAGAAAAUUUUUUUGUAUUAUUUAUUUAGAAUAUUCAAUAAACUAUGAAAAAUAAUUACUAAUUUGUCUCUGCUGUCAAUUAAGUAUCAUUAGACCAAGGAUAGAAACCUAGUUUAAAAAACAUUAUUUAAAAAUCCAUUAUUAUUGGUAAUUUUUUGUUUUAUAUCAUUUCCAUUUCCAAAUAGGUCAUUCUUUUAACUAAUGAGCUAUGGAUUUUUUUUUUAAGGGGCGGAGAAUGGUAACAGUUUAGCAAAACACAUGAACUCAUCAAGUCUCAGUAAUGAGCUAUUCACACCUACAUUCCACCAAACUUUGAAAUGAGGGCAGGGCCCACUCCCUUUUUAAUAUACCACAUCCCAUACCUUUCUAAGUGGGGAAAAAAAAGUCAGAGGUGAUUUCAUUCUUGGGGCCAAGAGAAAAUGGUGUAACCUCUCUAGCCUUGGAGUGGGCAGAUCAGUCUAAUGAGUUGGCAUGUUAUGCUUUCUAAGUGCAAGAUAGUGUAUGCUCAGCAAUUGUCUCCCCCCUUGAACUUGAAUUGUUUCCAGACCUGUGUUGUUUUAUCUUGUUCUGGGCUUACAUCUAUGUUCAGAACUAGACUAAAAGAAGUGUGUAAGUUAAGAAAGACUCCACACACAUUCUCCAGGUAACAUCUGUUAAUUUCUCUCUUAGUUCUUUUUCUCAGGAAACUAUACUAUGAAAAAAUAACAAAUAAAAAAUAAAAUCCACUAAAAAUAAAAUUUAAAGUUAUAAAUAUAAAAUCCAACAAAAUGGAAUUCAGUAAUUAAAGGAAAAAUGUAUGAUUGGUAAUUUUUUGGCUUUUUCUUCCAACUCUUCCCUUCUCAACAGGGGAAAUAAAAGGUUGUUUAUUUCAGUCUUUGUCUAAGUGCUGUCAAUAUGUAUGUUUUCUUAUUUAAAUCUGUUUCAAUAAUUUAUGAGAAAAAAUAUUUCAAUAAACUAUGAAAAGUAA